AGGCCGAUUGGGAGCCAGUCAGCCAGAGGCCCAGAACCAUCAACUCUGAUUCACGGAGGGGAGGAGGGAGAGGACAGAUGUCGUCACAUAACAACUCGUCGCCGGCGGUGAACGAUCCACGCCAGCCGUCAACGGCGAAUCCGUACGUGGCUCCUAUGGUACGACCAGAAGAUCUACCAGUUGAUUACUCAGGAUUCAUCGCCGUCAUCUUCGCUAUCGUCGGCUUAAUGUUCAGGUAUAAGCUUUGCUCGUGGCUUGCUAUCAUAUUCUGUGCCCAAUCACUUUCCAACAUGAGGAAUUUCGAAAAUGAUCUUAAACAGAUUUCCAUGGCCAUGAUGUUUGCAAUUAUGGGUUUAAUGACAAACUACUUGGGCUUGGGGCCUACACGGCCAAGCACACAAGGUUAAAGAUUGCUUGGAACACUGAGUCAAACUGAACCGUGAUAGUAAUUUUGGUUUUCUUUUAUAUGACAAUCAUGCUAUUGAGUUGUGAUGGUAUGUUGAUGGAAUCCAAUGAAACUCAAUUGAAGACGCAUCAAAAUAUACCUUGUGAUGUUGAACUAUAUUUAAUUGACCUCUCUCUUUUUAAAUUCACAAAACUAUUACUUCUCUCUGA